UAUAUAGGAGUCACAAAGAGAUGGAGAAACAUUUCAAAAUAUGGGUAUACGAGGAAGGAGAGCCACCAAUUUUCCAUGAUGGACCAAUGAAUGAUAUAUAUUCAAUUGAAGGUCAAUUUUUAGAUGAAUUAGUGAGUGGGAAGAGUCCAUUCCUAACUAAAAAUCCCAAUGAGGCCAUUGCUUUUUAUGUUCCAGUUAGUGUGACUAAUAUUGUACAAUAUGUGUAUUGGCCUUACGACAAUUAUUCUCGAGAACGUCUUCAAAACAUUGUCAAAGAUUACAUUGAUUUGAUUUCUCAUAGAUAUCCACACUGGAAUCAUAGUAGAGGAGCUGAUCAUUUUCUUCUCUCUUGCCAUGAUUGGGCACCAGAUGUUUCAGCUGCACACCCAAAACUUUUCAAGAACAUGAUAAGAGGUCUAUGCAAUGCAAAUUCUUCAGAAGGUUUCAAAGCAACAAGGGACAUUUCCUUACCUGAAAUAAAAAUUCCUUAUCAACAAUUUGGACCACCUUACCUAAACAACACACCAAACAAUCGUAGCAUUUUAGCAUUCUUUGCUGGGGGGUCACAUGGCAUUGCAAGACAACAACUUCUAUCUCAUUGGAAAGACAAAGACAAUGAAAUCCAAGUCCAUGAAUAUAUCCCUAAAAACUUAGACUAUUUUUCCUUAAUGGGCCAAAGUAAAUAUUGUUUAUGUCCAAGUGGGUUUGAAGUUGCAAGCCCAAGAAUUGUUGAGUCCAUGCAUGUUGGUUGUGUUCCGGUUAUUAUAUCCGAUUAUUAUGUUUUGCCAUUUAGUGAUGUUCUUGAUUGGACACAAUUUUCGGUUCAUGUUCCUAUUUCAAUGAUACCUAAGAUUAAAGAGAUUUUGAAGGGGAUUUCUUUUGAGGAUUAUUUGGAGAAGCAAAGGAAUGUUAUUAAGGUGCAAAGACAUUUCAUGCUUCAUAGGCCAGCUAAACCUUAUGAUAUUUUCUAUAUGGUUAUGCACUCUUUGUGGCUUAGGAGACUUAAUUCAAAGUUGUUUUAACUCCACUAUUCACUUAACUUUUAACUCCACUAUUCAACUUCAUAUACUAUAUACUUUCUUCAA